AUGGAGAAGGACGGGAGGAAGAUGACGCUGACGGUUGGAGCAAAAGCGCUAGCAAAACAUGCAGUGAGAUCAUCAGACGGGUGGUGGGGUCAGAUCAUUGGGAAUGACGCGAGCAAGAACCGUCAGGCUGAGCAGAAACUUGAGCAGAUCUUGAAAGAUGCCGUAUGGGCUAAUACUCACCUGCUGCCCAAUGACAUCGAGAUCUUCGAGCUCCGGGUACGCGAGGGCUUCGGAGCCCGAUGGUCUGCGGACGGGAAGGAAUUUCGAGGAUUCCUGGAGCCUCUGAUGGAGGACGGGCAUGAGAAGGCAAAUCGAAGGAGAAGGAGAUGGGAGGUGGAAGAGGAGUGGGAGUGGGAGUGGGAGUGA